GUUCCGUUGUCUGCUCUACUUCCGUCCGCCAUUUUCAAGGCAGAUUAAUCGAAUGGAAUAAGUUUUUAGAGUUUUAUUUCGUUGUUUGGCGACUUUUAAAGCAAACAAUAUGAAAGGCAGAAAAUCUGUACCAUAUGUAAAUAUACCAAACAACCUCCCGAAGCCCCAAUCUGUUUCUAAAGUCUCUGUAGCAGCUCCAGAAAACUAUAGGGCUGAUUUAAAACCCGCCAACGUGAGAGAAGAGGAUGAUAAAUGUGAUAAGAACGUUUCUACUCCAAGUGUUAUCAGAAUAAACAAUGCAAAGGAUAAGAACGAAAACUUGUUAACCUAUAUUCAAGCUUUGUCUUUUGAAGAUAUUUGGGCUUCUUGCAAGCAGAGUAACAAUCUUUUUGAAGACGUUAAUUUUCCAGCUACAAAUAGCUCUAUAUUUUGCAAUUGCACAUCAAAAGUAACCGUUCAAUGGCAAAGACCAUCGGAAAUAACAAAAAAGUUUAAUCUGAAACCUGAACUGUUUGCAAGUAAUACAGACACAACGCUAGCUCUGGGAAAUUUUGGUGACAAAUGGGUAUUGAAUGCUGCUUUAAGCCUAGUAGAAGACACAGAAGGCCUUUUCACCAUUCUACCAAGAGGGCAGAGUUUUCGCGAUGAAUGGUACAUGGGAGCUUUUCAUUUCAAUUUCUUUAGAAAUGGAACUUGGGAGAAGGUGACAAUCGAUGAUCGCUUACCUACUAUUGAUGGAAAAUUAAAUUUUAUUCAUUCGUUCACUCCAAACGAAUUCUGGGCGAGUCUACUGGAGAAAGCUUACGCAAAGUUUCACGGUAGCUAUGAGGCUAUGAAAAGUUGUUCUUUUGAGGAAACCUUACACCAUUUAACAGGAGGGACAGUGAUAACUCACAAUAUGGCAGAUCUUGAUACUACUUCUUUGGACGAUAUAAUAUUUCAGUCGAUAGAAUGUAAUUGCAAAAUUCUUUGUUCAAUCAUGGCCGAUGGUCGGAAAUGGAACGAGCUACUUAGCAAUGGGUUCGUUGCUGAAAGAAUGUAUGCUAUUUUGGAUAUAAGAGGAAUUAAAUUGACAAGAGAUGAUAUAGUAAAGCCAGUUACUCUUGUCAAACUAAAGAGUACUGAUGGUUUGAGGCUAGAGUGGUCAGGUGCCUGGAAUUCUCAUUCUCCUGAAUGGCGUAAUAUUCGAUCUGGAGACAAGGAAAAAUUAGAAUUAACAAUAGACAAUCACUCUGAAACCUGGAUUGAAAUACACGACUUUUAUAAGAUCUUUACUUCUCUAUAUGUGUGCUAUCCAACCGCUAAUCCGUCUACUUUUGGUUCUAAAAUGCUAAAUAAAGUACAAGAAUUCGAAGGACAAUGGUUAAAUGGUGUUACUGCUGGGGGACGACCCACUUGUAUGGACUCUUUUUGGGUGAAUCCACAAUUUGAAGUUAAAGUCCAAAAUUCCCCAAAGGGUGGGGCUUUCUUCAUAGUUGACUUAAUACAAAAUGACAAUCGGCUCAUACGCCACAAAGCUCGAAUAAAUAACGUUGUCGGCAUUGCAUUAUAUCAGGUGGUACUAAAUGCCAAUUUAGCAAAGGGUACUUAUAUCGUUAUACCGAGUACAUACGAUCCUAAUCAAGAAGGAGAGUUUAUCUUACGACUCGUAUAUGACGAAGAAAAUAACAUAGAAAUUCGACAAUUAGGAGAUGUAAUAAACGUUUCGUAUGACAUGUUUAAUUGUAUGCCAAAUACUACGUAUGACUUAAGAAAUAAGUUUCUUGAACUUUCUGGAGAGGAGAUGAAAAUCAACGCUUUUCAACUGGCAACUUUAUUCUGCGAGCUAAAGCUUAAAGACUUUCAAGCAGACGUUGAAAUUUGUAAAAGUCUUCUAUUACUAUCAAGACAUACAUCUGGAUAUUGUGAUUUCAAUGAUUUUCUCUUGAUUUUCGGCAUUUUGUCGUUGUUGAUGGAAAUAUUUACAAGUACUGGAAAGUCAUUGAACAAGAAAAUUACGGGAUAUGAAUUGGUAGAUCUUUGUGAAAAGUUAGGCCACAUCGUUCCUGAGAAGUUUCUGAUGGAAUCUCUUUGGAAGUUCACUGACGAGGAAACUAGAUUAUCAUGCGGCAAUUUCAUUCGCUUUGUAUGUUUUUUUACAAGUACAUUCUCUGAAGAGCGGAAUUCGGCAUAA